GAGUUCACCUUUAGAUUAAGUAAUUUAAUGGGAAAGUUCUCCUUCUGCAUUGAUAUAAAGCUCUUCUUAAAAUUCUUGUUGUUUGCUGUUUUAUAAAAGAAGACGAACAUUUAUACAUAAUAUUCAUACAUUUUCAUUUCGUGCAAGACCAUCAAUUGAUUAAACAUAUAUUGCUCCCAGGGAAAAGGGUAUUGAACGCUGUUUAUGUCUUUCCCCUUUUUUACUAUAUAAAUAGCUUUUUACGCUUGUGUGGUUGAGCUAAACUACUGGUAGAGUUAUAUUUUUAUAAAUUUGACUCGAACACUAAUUUAAGGCGUUAGCUAGAAUGCAUCACGAACGUGCAAGGCGGAGAGAGGAAUUACCGCUAUUCCUCCCCCGGUCUGACGAAGUGGAAUCUGCAUCUGGACCGCUAAAUAUUAGAGUUGACAACGACAUUUUUUCCCAUGACAGCCAAACCUCACUUGUGUGGCAGGCCCGCCCCUCCCAAAAGGCCAUUAGCGAGACCAAAACAACUAGCGAGGGCGGCGGCCACGUGUCUGGGGCGCUAGUACGAGCUGGACAUCACACCCAGCAGCGUCAUAAUUCACACACGCAUGCGAACACCCCAACCCCCGUUGCGGUUCCACCAUCCUCCUUUUACGACCCGUAUAACUGGUUCAAAACAUAUCAGCAUUUGUAUCGUGAAGGCCUUCCUCCGAGUGCCUGGAUUGCCCUUUCCCACCGGAAACGCGCCACGUUGAACACCAAAAACGCUGUUCGCGCCGCGUGCUGUGUCCGUGUGCUUCCUCAGUUGGAUGUUAUCAAGGCUGCACUCAAGAAACCUGCCGCGGAUCGGCGUCGGGAGUGGUAUGAAAUGUGGGAGUCGGUCUCCGCGUGUGGCGCUGAGAGCCGCAGCGGGGUUGGAACCCGACAACGUGGCUCACCUUCUGAUGAGGCUGCCAUGGCGUACAUCCCCACACCGCACAUCUGGGCCGCAAUUAGUAAGCCGGAGGGGCACGAAAUCCACGUCCAUGACGCCUUUACCGGUGCACUCCUCCUUCGUAUUUCAGAGCCUAAGGGGCAACUGGCUGUGACCACUCUCCUUCAUGCCCCUUUUCGCGGCUUCAUGGAUCGACAACUGAGGGUGAUAUCAAUCCACAAACCAAAGGACCUACUGCGCUUGAAAAGUCAGCAACUAGUCGAUACAGACUACGUUUGGGUGGGGUUCGCAGACGGUUCCGUGCGGCUAUUUCCCGCCAACCCAAACCGCAUUCGCGACACGGAUCGCUCCGAGCGAAUGUCCAGGGGCGAACUUGAGGACGUGGUUUUUGAGCUUCCGAAGUACCACAACGCCAGCAUCAUCGCUAUCUCACGGAGCCCCUGCCAUGGGGACGACAAGGGGAUGGACUUGUCGACCAUGAACCGGCUGAGCGCGGCUAUUGAUUACAUGGCUGCAGCCAGCACUAAGGGCUCUGAGGACAACCGGGAGCAUCUCUCUCUCAUGUGCACGGCAUCCGUCGACUCAAGUAUCGUAGUGUGGGAUGUUCGCAAGAUUUACCAAACUAUGGAGGCUAUGCGAGUCCAGAAAGGUGGGGGCGCUGUUCGGGGUCGCAAUUCACGUGGGGCGAGAUGGGGAGAUUACAAUGACGAGCGUCCAGGCGCCGUGGACAGCGUUUUCUAUUCUGAUUCGGCAUCCGGCGAUGUUGUUACUAUAGAUGGUUACGCCGCGGGUCCGGCCAGCCAUAAAAAGAUCUUUUGUGUGCGUUCCGCGUGCACAAUGAUCAAGGUGCGACCGGUGUUAAAGCUGAAGGGAGGGAUAACUGCUUUGAAGAGCAUCCAAUGGGUGUCUACCUUGGUCACCACCGAGGGUUACCAGGUGCGCCGUCGUGUAACUGAUGCAACACGUGAUGCAGAGGAGCAAAGUGCGCCUAAAUUUGUGAAGGAGUGCCGUGAUAUUCAGACACUAACGCGAUUUCAACGUCGUGAGGAGCAUCGCCGUGUGCUGAGGCUGAAUGAAAGCGAAAUGCGGGAAGUAGAGGACGAGCUAAAGAGUCUCAUGCCAGCAUUGGCCGAGGAGCCUGUACAGUCUCUCCGCAUUAACUUGAUUAUCGCUGGCGACAGUGUAGGCUCGAUUCAUCUAUGGAACCUCGACGAGGAACUGCGCUACAAGCAAAUGCAAGAUCCCUUUGAUUGUGGAGUGGGGCUCGAGAAGCAUGAUAUCAGUCCCCAACGAAUCGGCUCUCCAGUUGGCACGAUGACCGACGGCGGUUCCGUGAGCAUACGAAACGCCUCGGAGAGCCCUGGGCGCACCAGUCUUGGAUCGCACCAAAUGCGUUACAGUACUGCCAGCCCGUCCGUUCAGAUGAGUGCUCUAGGAGGUGUUUCGAAGCUCCCCCGCCGUGCGAAGGCUCCGGGAAAGGUACCGAAAAGUGCCCCCAAGAGGGCCACUAGCACGGCCACCGUCCCGUUGCUCAGUGGUCCGUCGAAGGGCCUUGCACUUUCUGCUGCAACAAAGAAAACUGCUCCCGCAACUCAAGGGAAGGAAACUAAAUCAUCGCUACUAAGUAGGCCAAAGGUAGGGUUUGCAACUGAUAGGGCAACACCUGUGCGGACGACCAAGCGCGUCUCGCCGUCCACCAUUCCGUCUCAGCCGAAGCCCUCUCGCCGUAUGGAGGAGGAAAGGCAGGACAACGAUAAUAUCGAGCCUCCAUCGUCUGCAGGAGCAGCAACGGAGCUGCUUCGGGGUCGGUUAAGCAGGCUGCAGAAGUUAGCAACUGUGCAGCGAGAUGUGCAUGCCCCUCUCAAGGCGAUAAAUGCCAUCAUGGAUUCCAAUGAAUUGGGCCAGACACCGAGCAAUAAUCCUGCCAACGAGAUAGCUGCAAACCCGCAAGCGAAGCGGCGGUCCAACGUCGUCUCCAAGACAUCAACUCCAGCAAGGCCCACUGACACCACUCGCCAGAGGGUCUCACAGAGUCAGAUAAAGGUUGCAAAAGAGAAUAAAAGCACGGUUUCUGUUUCCUUACCACAUCGCAAAAAAGGGGAGUCACAGGUUUCUGAACGUGCUGCUCCGACAAAAGUCAGCACAAAGGCGAAGCCUCAAGGUAGGGUGCAAUCUCCACAGGGAAGGAACAGCACAAGCCCCAGGGUUGUUACACGGAACGACAUCCUGAGCCGUGCAUCUAAGUGUCGCAUCGAGUUCACAGGCGGGGUUGCCAUCACUGGUAUGGCUAUUGACGUUCCUGAUACUCUUCGGACUACUCUACGUCAAUGCCCAAACCCAGAGGAUCGUCCUUUUUCUCUCCUAGAAGAGCUCUUGCCCGAGGAGGUGGAGCGACGAAGAUUAGAGAAUUCGUUUGAAGAACUAACAGAGCAUAAGGCUCUUUUCUUCGUUUUCAAACAUUUGCAGCUAUAUGUGUCAGUCGAGGGUGUGGUUCUAAAUCUAGAAUGCACACCAUCAUGGCAUGAAGACUCCGACGGGUAUGAAUAUUUUAGGCGAUUGAAGGAUUUGGAUCAGGGCGACGCGAUGUCCUCCCUUCUCGCGUCCACCCGGAUGGAGGAAAUGCCCGUUGUUGGAGAGGUGGAGUUCCCCUGUUUCACUGUUCAACUGCGGAAGAGAACCUUGGAGGCGCACUCCCAACCUGUGAUACAGUUGCUUUUUGACAAGGCCCACGGCUUGGUAUGGGUGGCGCGUAACGACGGCCUCCUCUCACUCUUUUCGAAGGACACAAAGCGGAUCGUGACGCGUGUGGCACACCCCUGCGCGGAUGCCGCCCUCGGACCGCCACCGUAUGCGGAGUGGAAAAAACAACAACAAGCCUAUCUUAGGGAGUUCAACCUGGUACACUCGCAGCUUCACCUGGAGUGGCAUGAGGAAACCAAAGGCUACGAACCUGCGCACUUCAACAGCUUCUUGCCCUUCUGCAAGCGAUCACAGACUACGUUGAUCUUGCUCUCUGGCAGGCAACAGACACGUACAGAGGACUUUAAGGUUGGACAUCCUCAUUCGCUCUGGUAUGAGGCUGAGAAAUAUGCUAACUCCUUUGGAUUGGCUAAAUCUCAUGAACCGCGAGACCAUGGCCGACAUCCCUCCUCGUGUUUGGUUUUCCUUCAAGCUCUGAAGCUUGAUGGACGUUCGGAUAUGGACGUGCACGCGUGCCACCGUGAAAGAUGCCUUAGCGAUUUGUUCGAUCGAUUUGUUUACUACCGUGGCAUGGCCGAUCAAGUACGCCGUGCACAGAAAGACAACUACCAGCUUCAGUGUAACCUUAUAAGUGACCGUGUGCGCUAUAUAAUGCAAGAGUUCACAGCCUGCACAUCUUUCUCUACUCUCUCUCAGUUCUAUGGUAUCUGGAAGAAACAUGCACGCGACUACCGCCGUGAACACAUUUUGCGGCGCCAACGCGCAUCACGAAUUCUACAGCUGAUCCCUCUUGCCGAUAUCGCGAGGCGAAACACCACCAUCGCACACCAGGGCCGAUGCUUUUACAUUUGGCUUAGGUGGUGCGCUAAACGGGUCAUGAAGCACAGGGAACACGUUCAGCAAAGGUUCUUUCUCCAUUUGAUGACGCCUACGCGACGCCUUCCAACUGGAAACAUGAUGCAGCGGCUUUGGGAGCAGCACACACAAGCUCAGAUUUAUAAAUUCUGGAAAAGCUUGGUAGGGACAAGCGGUGCGCGGCAUCGAGGGGGGUGGCAUUCCAUCGCAACGACUUCUGUGCGAAGUACGUCCCCAAUGGCUACACCCAUUGCCUGCAUCAAAAGUGCUCGCCAGGGCUACAAUAAUUUGAUGAACAUCAGCCCACUUGUGCGCACCGAGACUUGCACUUAUCUAGCUGGUGUGGAGCCUCAAGUUGCGGAGUACAUUAGCAGUGGACCAGAGCAACACACCCCAGUGGGCAAGUACUACCAUAACGGCGAUAGUGUGUUCAACAAGCAGGAUAAACUGACAUCGGCGACGGAUUAUACCCAUUCCACAGCUUAUAUUGAUGCCUUUCAGCUAGAAAAGGAAAACAUUUCCCCAAGUGAGAUUUUGCCUGAAUCGCAUUGUGAGGACCCAAGACUUGUUUCAGGGUUUCUUGAAAUAAUGGCUCUAUUUUUUGAUGCACGACAUGCGAUGAUGCAAUUCAAGGAGAAUAAUACUUCCUCACAGAGCGUCCUGGAUGAGUCUUGGCUCUCCAUCGUGAAGAGUAGUGAGAGUGGUGCUGAAGUAGAUGACGAAGGCGGGCGCCGCCUGGCUGUCUUUUCCUACGGUUUGCUUCCACUUUUGCAAGGUUUGCUCUCUACAGCCACGGAUGUCCUUUCCAAUCUGAACGAUCCGUCAGUAGCCAAUGAGGUGAUUUCUUUGAUGGGCGGUAUACAGUUCUGUAUGGAUUACGUCACGGCUGAUUCAGUGGAUUACUUGGCGAGUUUGUUGGGGCAAGAAAAUUCCGCACAUAGUGAUGUCUCCACCGUUCUUUUUACCACAGAUAACUUAAAUGCGAUGUCUUCUGUCGAUUAUGACAACAAACACAAGGAGUUCGACUCAAAUGGGAUGCUGCAUGCAUUAAAGAAUGCACGACUACAAAAUGUUGAGAAGCCACCGCGGAAGAUCAACACCUCCGAACUGGGACGACAUGCCUUUCAAAUGAACGGUAAGUCAGAAAAAAGCACGAACCCGCAUCUUAUGUCGCCAAGUAGCGUAUUUUUGAGCAUAAUGCGAUUCUUCGUGAUCAAGGCAAUGAGAGAUCAGGAAAGCCUGGAUGCUUUAAAAGAAGUGAUUCGUGAAAAAGAAAGCCUAGAAUCAUUUAUUAGCUUUUUAGAAGAUGAGAACGCUGUGGAGCGACGAUGCCCACUUUUCACGUAG